UUCUGCGACGCCAGCGCACGAGGAAGACGCACGCACUGCGAUGUCGUGGUCAACAUAGUUGCACGAUGGCACAGAGGAUGAUGAAAGGAGAGUGUUGCACUGAGCGCGAUGCGGUCAAGGACACGCUCAACGUCCGAAUUGUCAUUCAAGCUUGUACCGAACUUAUUAUUCUACGUUGAACCUCCUGGACGGAAAAAAUGGUCCAAGGAACUUCCAAAGGACUUCAGAAACGGAAAACCUCUUCGUCGAGACAUGCAACGAAAGCUGCAGCCGCGCCGAAGAAGGGCAGACGAUACAUUGCGCCAAAGAAGGCUGCUGCAGUGAAGAGUGCAGCUUUACGCGAGGGGCUCAGUGCCAAGAUCCACAAGAGUAUUGAGCAGCAAGUGGCUUCCGCUGCUUCAUCCGGCAAGCUUACGAUAAUGAAGAACGUUGCAAUGGAAGGUGUUGCAGAGAAGGAUAUGGCUAAAGUCAAAUCGACAAAAUAGGUCACUCAAAUCUAUCAACAACCUCUGGCGCUGAAUUACCAUCACUGCGCCCGCUUCCACUGCGAUGACCCCAUGAAGCCUCGCCGCUACGCCUCGUGUAUGGGCUCAGCCUUACGCCCUCUUCUAGCGGCCUUGUUGUGAUGGAGAACAGAAGCGUCAUGGUCAGCUGGUCGUGUCAUCUCCCAUAGCUCGUCAGUUGGACUGGCUAAGGUUUAUCUGGAACGUUCAAUCUCUGUUCCGCUGCACCUGUGUGAUCUGUGUGGUGUACUUUCCCUACAGAUCCAAUUCACGUUGUCAUCUUUAUAUCUUGCGAGAGAUAAUAUAGGAUGUUGCUUGAGGAUCAUCGAAGUAGAACAGGGCUAUGCGUAACGAAAGCGAUAUGCUUUCUCGGCUUGUCACAAUGCUACGCACCUGUCUGCCCGACAUCGCAUCACGAAUGGUGGAGACUGCUACAUGGAUCGAUGCUGCUGCAUUGCUAAAUACAAGAGUACUACAAGGAGAUCGUUAGAGGUCGUCAACAAGCGGUUGCUACAGAUCGAGGAAGCAGGUCCAUGGGUGAAGGAGUGGCAGGGUGAUUGGGGAAUAAUUAUGGAUGUACAGACAUAUCGCAAACUUUUUGGUGUGGGUACAGAAUGAAGAUACACACUACAGCUAUGAAUAUACACCAAGGCGAUUGCAUGCGUGGGGAUGAAAUUGGCAGAUGAGUGGAUGAAUGAGUGCGUGGAAGGUAUUGAGUGAGGCUGUGGUAUGGCACAAUAGAUGCAUAAUGAGAACUGUUUGCACAAAAUGGAAAAGAUGAUGAUGAAAGUUCAUGCACGAUGCAAGUGAGGCCAAAACUGGGCGAUGA